UGGCAGGCGACCCCGCAAGAUACGGCCGUGCUUUGCUGUCAUACGGCAGAGAUUUAUCUCAUCCCGAUCUCGAUACACUCCUUGUUUCUUCCCUCUCAUAAGACGUGAGAAGGAUUGUUCACCAUGCCGAAAGCUACGUCUUCUCGUUCCGCUGCCGCUCGCAGGCAUAACCCGUUGGCCGAAGAUAUCAUGUCGGCGGGCCAUUUGCGAACCCAAUCUAGCAAGAAGGGAAAACGCAGCCCAGGGGAGGACCAGGAUCAGCACGAUGGCGAGCGGUUUGUCGAUGCGAAAAUGUCUCGGAAAAUCUUGCAGAUUGGGCAGGAACUGGCAGAUGAGGAUGCAGCUGAGCGCAGAGCGGCAAUAGGAUCGACUGGGGAGAACGUGAACUCGGCUUUCAACUUCGAUUCUCGGUUCGAAGAUAACGAAGCUUUAUCAGACGACGAGGAGAAGUUUAAAGAGGACCAAUGGGAUGAUGAAGAAGAAAUCGAAGAAGUGGAGGUUGAUCCGAAUGACCUUGAUAUGUUUCACAAAUUCAUCCCCGGCGGCGAUGAAGACCCAAUCUUCAACCCUAGUGGACAAGAGUCUAAUGGUCAGAGCACCAACCUGGCCGAUCUCAUAUUGGAGAAAAUUGCGGAGCACGAAGCAAAGCAGUCGGGGGAUGGUGGUCCAUUCAUCCAGGGUGGAGGACUGCCAGAAGAUGCCGUCCAGAUACCGGCGAAGGCCGUUGAAGUAUAUGAAAAGGUCGGCAUGAUCCUUUCGCGCUACAAAUCCGGACCUCUUCCCAAGCCGUUCAAGAUUCUUCCUUCCGUACCCAACUGGCCGACUCUCCUUUCCAUCACUCGUCCCGAGUCAUGGUCCGCAAAUGCUGUUUACGCCGGGACCCGAAUCUUCAUCUCAUCCAAACCGGCUGUUGCUCAGGAGUAUAUCUCUACCGUCCUUCUCGACCGAGUCCGGGAAGAGAUCUACGAGACCAAGAAACUUAACGUGCACACCUACAACUCGUUGAAAAAGGCACUGUACAAACCCGCCUGCUUUUUCAAGGGGUUGCUGUUCCCCCUUGUCUCUAGCGGUACCUGCACCCUGCGCGAGGCUCAUAUUGUCUCAUCUGUCAUUGCACGGGUCUCCAUUCCUGUCCUGCAUUCCGCCGCUGCAUUACUUCGCAUGUGCGAUCUCUCUGCCGAACAAUCUUCGCGGUCCCUGGAGAGCACGGGCGCGGUCAACAUGUUUAUUCGAGUCUUCCUGGAGAAGAAAUACGCGCUCCCCUAUAAAGUGAUCGACGCCCUUGUCUUCCAUUUCCUGCGCUUCCGAGCUAAUGACGGCGGCGAAGAUGCCAUGAUGACCGAUGGUCCCGCCAAAAUGUACAAGCUGCCUGUCCUCUGGCAUCAGUCUCUGCUGGUUUUCGCCCAGCGCUACCGCAAUGAUAUCACCGAGGAUCAGCGAGAAGCGCUUCUAGAUCUGCUCUUGGUUCGUGGGCAUAAGGAUAUCGGCCCCGAAGUAAGGCGAGAACUGUUGGCUGGUCGAGGGCGAGGUGUGGUGGUACCCGACCCUGAAAAGCAAGGUGCCCUUGAUGCCGGUGAUGAUACGAUGGAUGUUACGCUAUAAUCGAUCAAAUGUUCGUUUUGGGAAGGGGUUUAAAUCGAAAAGUCGCAUUUUCUUUUCUUUUCUUUCUUUCUUUCUUUCUUUUUUUUUUAUCUUUUUUUUGUUGAUCUUGGGGAACAUCGUGACAUGGAUUUUCUGCGCACCUUUCUUUGGGUCGGGUUUUAUCAUGAGGUAUACUACGAUUGGGAGAGGCGUUAGUUCUUCGUUCUUUUCUUUU